UGACUUGCAAGAGAGCAAAGCGGGAUGGCAGCAACGCGAGAGGUGCUGUCGCGUGAUGUGCUCAAGUGGCUCCAGUCGCUCGACCUCACGUACCCAGUCAAGAACCUCCGCCGUGCCUUCUCCAACGGCUUCCUCGUCGCCGAGGUCCUUUCCCACUACUCCAACGAUAUCCAGAUGCACGCCUUUGAUAACGGGACGGCGCUCAAGCGCAAGCUGGCAAACUGGGAGAUGCUGUCCAAGUUCUUCCGCAAGCACAACAUCCCCGUCAGUCAGUCGCAGAUCGAGGGCCUGGUCCAUGCCAAGCGUGGUGCGGCGGUGCCGUUUAUUGAGUUUCUGUACACCUUUCUCACUCGCAAGCCUGUCAAGAAGCGCAAGCGCCGUGGUGCGCCGGCCCUGGCCGGUGCAGAGGGUGCGCCGACGCCCGACUUUGCCAAGCCGACGGCGUCCAAGCUGAUCAAGGAGGCGCUGACUAUGACCGAGGACGAGCUGGUGCAGGAUCGCGAAGUCCGUGCCGCCAUUAACCAGGAGACCAUUCGUCACCACCUCGAGGAGAAGCGCGAGCACAUGCGGAUGACCAAGACGUCUGGCCGCGGCGGCGCGGGUGAGUCCAUCUCGCGGCGCGGAACGUCGUCGAUGCGCGGCUCGUCCGGCCGGCGCCGGGAGAGCGGCGGUCGCCGCUCGGGCGUGGUGGAGAUCAAGGAAGUGAGUCGGAGCAAGGACGGGCGGGUCGGGCGUGGUGGCGGCGGUGCCGCCGACGGCGGCGACACCUCGCGGGCCGACUACGAUGCCAUGGACGGCGCGCUCCUCGACGACAACGAGAUGGCGCAUCUGGAGCUGCUCGGUGAUGAGAGCGACGGCGCGGGCCUAGGCGUCACUGGCGGGCACUCGGUCGUGGCCAUGAUGAACGAGGAGGUUGAGCGCGCACUCAAAGACACCGAGGUGUACACUGUGUUUGAGCCGCGCGAUGCGCCGAUCUCGUCGUUCCUCGAGCACCUGCGGACUAUUCCGGCCAAUGCCGCCGGUGCCGUCUUUCUGGGCAUUCUCGAGCGGACUACCGAGUUUACCGAGGUCUUCCUCCGCGAGUCGUCGGUUCCGGUCGACGAAAUGCUCGGCCGCGAGAGUGGGCACGAGCGCGGCGGCGGCGGUCAGUUUGCGGCCUUUUCCCGGGUCAUGCUCUCCGCGCUGCAAUUCUCGCCGGCGUUGUCGGCGUUCGAGCAUGCAUGCCACGUCAUGUGCAGCGUCGGCCAGCAGCUGGUCGCGGUCUCGCCGGCUGCAGCCUGGGCGCUGUUUGAGGACGCGGUUCUGCCCAAGCUGGUGGCCCGGCUGGCGUCGGUCCAGGCUGCGCGCGGCCUGCUGCUCAAGGUUGUGCUCUCGUUCUCGGACAAUACGCCGGCGGCGCACUUGCUGGUCAUCACCAAGAUGGUUGAGUACCGUGGCGUGCUGUCCAAGAAGAACGCACUUGUCCCGUGCCUGCUCGUCCUCUUCCGGAUGGAGCCGGCAUUCGACGGCCCGCUCCUCACCACCUAUGUCCAGCACGCCGACGCCGGGCUCACAAACACGGUUCCGUCGGUCCGGAUCGCCGCCCUCGCGCUCCUCACCCACGUCUGCACCUCGUCGUCGGUCCAGCGGUCGAUUGCUAACGGCCUCCUGGCCUCGUCGGCCGUCUUUGACUACGUUCUUCCGUACGUCGAGCAUAUGGCCGGCAUCGCCGCCGACGCCAACUGGCAGGUCCAGGCGCAGCUCCUCUGCCUCACCGGCUUUCUGCUUGAGCGGCUUCCGUCGCGGCACCCGUCGGAGCGCGGCAUCUACGCGCUGGUCGAGGACGUGCUCGCGCCGAGCUCGCCCAUCUCUGUCAAGAAGAUUGGUUUGGCUACGCUCGCCCCGUGUCUUCGGGCGCACCCCUCACUCGGCCUCCACUACGUCCUCGUUCUUCUCUCGCUCCCGCACCCGCUCCGCGACUCGCUCAUCCGGGCCGAGGCGGUCCCGUUUGUCGUCGCCUCGCAUAGUCUUUGCGUCCAAGACUACACACUCCCGCCGCCAGUCCACACCUGGAGCCCGCUGGUCAUCGCCAACGCCAUCGUACUCCUCACCCAGGAGCGUGGCCUCGACAACCUCGAGCGCGAGCACAUGGCUGUUCUCCGCGCCGCCGUUCGGACCGAGGCCCGCUCGCUCGAUUCGAGCGCGGUCUCCGAGUGGUCGCGCGUCUGGUCCGUCCUUCACGAGUACGUCUUUGUCGGCCUCUGCGAUGACGAGGUUUGCGGCGAGACCGUCGGCGUUCUUCAGGAGCUCUUCCUCCUCGUCCCGGGCCUCAUUAUGGACUCGCUCACGACCCACCGGCCGACGCUCAUCGGCUGCCUCCGCAUGCUCAUCCGCAUGGGCUCGCUCACCUCGCAGCAGAUGACUGCCGACUGGCUGGCCUCACUCUUCAACCAGGGCGGCUCAUGGCAGCAAGUCGUCGGCCAGCUCAUGCUCUCGUCGUCGCCGUCCGAGGUUGGCCGCCAGGGCGCGCCGCUCCAGCGGCUGCAGGCCAUGGUCCAGCAGUUUGCGCAGUCGCAGUAAAACCGCAUGCAAGGAG